AUGCACAGCCCUCGGGGCGGUGCCGAGAACAGCGAUGAGGUGGUCAAGGCCCGCAGCGGAGGCCCCUGGCAUGGACGGCAGACGCCGAGGGUGGCACUAGCUCCAGGCGAGAUCGCUCCUGGGAAGAACAGCUGCGAUUCUAGCGCCCCAGGACGAGAGCAGGGGCCUGGAGUCCUGCCUAGCAUGAAUGCUGCGGCCGCUCCAUCCGUGAACCUGCGCUGGGAAGGGCGCCGGGUGCGCAGGAAGCCGCUGUGCCGCACGGGCCGCCCCGCAGGCCGGGAAGCCCGCGCCGCCCUGACCAUGCGACCCGCGGCGCUCCCGGCACUGGGCCGCGUCCAGGGCCCGGCCUCCCCGGGGGGAGGCCGGCCGGGCACGCCGCUGCGGCAGACGCUGUGGCCGCUCAGCGUCCACGACCCCACGCGCCGCGCGCGAGUCAAGGAGUACUUCGUGUUCCGGCCCGGCACCAUCGAGCAGGCGGUGGACGAGAUCCGCGUGGUGGUCCGGCCCGUGGAGGACGGCGACGUCCAGGGGGUGUGGCUGCUGACCGAGGUUGACCACUGGAACAACGAGAAGGAGCGGCUGGUGCUCAUCACCGACCAGUCGCUGCUCAUCUGCAAGUACGACUUCAUCAGCCUCCAGUGCCAGCAGGUGGUCCGGGUGGCGUUGAAUGCGGUGGACACCAUCUCCUGCGGGGAGUUCCAGUUCCCCCCCAAGUCGCUCAACAAACGAGAAGGUUUGGGGAUUCGCAUUCAGUGGGACAAGCAGAGCCGCCCUUCCUUCAUAAACAGAUGGAACCCCUGGUCCACCAACGUGCCGUACGCCACGUUCAUGGAGCACCCGAUGGCCGGUGCGGAUGAGAAGACAGCCUCUCUGUGCCAAUUGGAAAGCUUCAAAGCUCUGCUGAUUCAGGCUGUCAAAAAGGCCCAGAAGGAGCACCCCUUGCCCGGACAAGCCAGCGGCGUGCUGGUGUUGGAGCAGCCCCUUCUCAUCGAGACCUACGUGGGGUUGAUGUCCUUCAUUAACAACGAGGCUAAGCUGGGCUAUUCCAUGACCAGAGGCAAGAUAGGCUUCUAGGCACUGCCCUCGGGAGCCUGUGGAGGUGGCCAGGCGGGCCUGGGCACGGACAGCCGGGCUCGGGCAGGCUCUGUGGCCAGGGUCGGGGCCAGUUACCGUUAGGGACUGACUGCAGUUAGGACAGUCACACAAAUCACACUUUAGCUGGAUAGGGACAUUGGUAACAAGCUACAGACAAAAGCAAAAUGAAUCUGUCAGUGCGCUGGCUGUCCUUCUGUUCUCGUGCUUCUGGAGCGUCUCCAUCUGGCUUCGCCACGCUGCCCACCCCGCCUCCAGCAUGUUAAUAAACCUCUGUGCGUCCACCAGGGCGUCCUGCCUGCCCCCAGCUGUGUGGUCGGUACGCCCGGGGCGGUCCCUCACCCGGAGCCUGUCGUCGCGGUCAGUUUACACUUGGUGUCAUUUUGUAUUUGGAAAUUUAAUCCAUUUUUUUUAAGGUAAAUACAAAAGAAGCCGGCAGACUGGUGAGCUGAGCAGGAGACAGACCUGCUUUGUCAGCUGUCGAAUGAACUGGUUUGGUGUGAAUGAUCUGAAGUCACACUGUUACCAAAAUUAACCUGUGUUAAUACUCAUGGCAUCUUUCUGAAGCCCAAAAAGGUUCGCAGAAAAUCACAUUUGGACAAUUCAUUAAUUUGAGGAAAUUCUCUUAAUAGUUCUUCGCACAUAGUUAUGACAGCUUGGUGUUCUAAAUCUGUAUUGUCACAUUCAUACGCUUCGUUUGCUUUAAGGAAUGCACUUUGAAAAAAAGAAACCAGGUUAGAGUCUCACGAAGCAGCUCCCACGCAGAUGCAGGGGUCAUCAGGGUCAUGCCCUGACCGUGCCUGGGCCUCGGCGUGCGGGGGAGCGUGUUGCCCGCACCGGCCAUGGCUUGCUGCUUUCACUCAGCAUUUGGUGAUGAGCUUCAGUGCUGGCUCGUGCCAGUUCCUCUCCCCACAUCCCCAUCCCUGGGGUACCUGUGAUCGGCAUGGACGUGAGCUGAAUGCGGUCACCUGUCCAAGUCGAAAGGCUGCCUCAGACCUCGCCUGGUCUUGAGCCUCUGCUUUUGGUCUUGUAGUAAAGACAUUUAGAAUCGA